CGGACACAAGUUCAGCAACAAAAAGACAGAAGACUACAAGGCCGGCAAAUUGGCAAAUAAUGCACAACCAGCAUCCUCCACCCGGCCAGCCUCAGCAAGGUUAUCCUCAAGGAGCGCCGCCACAGCAGCCAGGUUACCCACCCCAAGGACAUCAGCAGCCUCCUGUCGCUCAGCCCGCGUAUCCUCCUCAUGCAGCUCCGGCGCCUUAUCCUCCGCCACCACAACAGCAUCCUUAUCCACCUGCCCCCGCUUCGGGCUAUGCGUACCCGGCGCCGACUCCGCACGCUUACCCUCAUCCUGCUCCGGGCUACGCAGCACCUCCUCCUCCGGUCUACGCUGCCGCGCCUCCCCCCGUGUAUGUAGCUCCUCCGCCUCAACCAGUGUACGUUGUCCAGCCAGGCGUGCACCAUGCGCACCACCAUCAUCACCACGGCUACGGUCACCACCACUACAAGUAUAAGCGCAGAGGACUAGGUGGCUUGCUGGGCUUCGGUCAUCGACACCACGGCUACGGGCACGGCUAUGGUUACGGCCAUGGACACUACGGUCACUACGGCCACGGCUACGGCCACUACAAGCACAAGGGCUACAAACGCAAGGGAUUCUUUAAAUGAGCUGUCGUUGUCGGGUAGACGAUAGCUUUAGUAUGUGAAA